AUGAAAGCUUUCAUUAAAUGCCUUCUGCGGUUCGAGGGCAAGGGUUCAGACUUACAUGAAGGAGCUCUCGGCACUGUCAGUGCAUAUUAUGGAUGUGUCGAAGCUCAAGGUCGAGGAACACUGCACUGCCAUAUGAUGAUAUGGUUGGAGGGAGGUCUGAAUCCUAAUGAGAUCAGGGACCGAGUAUUACAAACCGAAGAACAAAGUUUCAAGGAGCGUCUGCUUCGGUAUCUAGAGGACACUAUUUCAACGUGCAUCCCUGAAUAUUUAGAUGAAGAAUCAUUAGAGUCUGAUCAACAUUCCCAUCCUUGUUCUACCCGAGGAGUGAACUUUAAUAAUGCAAUGCGCAACAAAGACGUACACUGUCUUGCGAAGAAGUGUCAGACUCACCGGCAUUCUAAUACAUGCUGGAAAUACUGGAGAGGGCCACCAGAACCGAAAGAGUGCCGAUUCGAUCUAGAUGAAAAAAAUGUGCAUCCGAUAAGCACUGUUGAUCCGGUCUCCGGUGAGAUCACACUGAAAUGUCUUGAUGGUCUAGUAAAUCAUUUUAAUGCGACUAUAUUAGAGGCUGUUAGGUGCAACAUGGAUAUCAAAUUUAUCGGUUCUGGACCUGCAGCAAAAGCGAUACUAUAUUAUAUUACCGACUAUAUCACCAAAUCUCAGUUGAAAACUCACGUUGCACUGGCCGCAAUGGAAACAGCGAUAAACAAACUAGAGGAGUAUGAUCCACAUGAUGAUGAUUGCACGUUGCGAGCGAAAAAGCUGCUGCAGAAAUGUGCUCACUCAAUGAUUUCUCAUCAGGAACUCUCUGCUCAACAAGUGUGCUCUUACCUCAUGGAUUUUGAGGACCACUUCACGAGUGAUGAGUACCGUGGCUUGUACUAG